GUGCUCCGCCAUCCACUUCCGGAUUUGUGCUGACGAGGCGUAAGAUUGAAAGGUUUUUUCGGAGCGAACCGGGACUUUGCUACGUGUCUUUCGUUCUUACUUUUGGGCUGUGGGUUAUACGGCACACUUGUUCGCCAUGGCCCCGAAAAGCAGUAGCAAACAGCAGUCUGAGGAAGACCUUCUGCUCCAGGAUUUCAGCAGAAACCUCUCGGCGAAGUCGUCGGCGCUUUUCUAUGGCAAUGCGCUCAUAGUUUCUGCUAUCCCCAUCUGGCUGUUCUGGAGAAUCUGGCACAUGGAUCUCGUUCAGUCUGCAGUAUUAUACGGCGUUAUGACGCUGGUCAGUACUUACCUGGUUGCCUUCGCCUAUAAAAACGUGAAGUUUGUAUUAAAGCACAAAGUUGCCCAGAAACGAGAAGAUGCCGUUUCCAAGGAAGUGACCCGUAAGCUCUCUGAAGCUGAUAACCGAAAGAUGUCUCGCAAAGAGAAAGAUGAGAGGAUCCUGUGGAAGAAAAACGAGGUGGCUGAUUACGAAGCAACAACGUUCUCCAUCUUCUACAACAACACCCUCUUCCUUGUCCUUGUCAUCAUCGCCUCCUUCUUCCUGCUGAAGAACUUCAACCCCACAGUGAACUAUGUUUUGUCGAUCAGUGCAUCAUCUGGCCUUAUUGCCCUGCUCUCCACUGGGUCCAAGUAAUAAGCUGGAAGAUGUCGUCCUCGCAGUAAGGGCCAUGACUUAAGGAAAGGCAGUGUUUGUUUUUCUAAAAGGGGGGGGGGGGGGGGGGGGGGUCGACUGGAUCUCAGAUGGGAUGUGGUGGAGAGGGGGGUUAUCAUGAAACAAAUGGCUGUAAUUCAAGGUGAUUUUGAAGAUGUUCUUUUUUUUUAAUAAAGAACCAGUAAAAUGUG